UGACGCCGAGGGCGGAAGUAAACAAUAAAAGCAGCGGAGAUUUGUCGCUGCGUCACAAACUUUCUGACACUUUGGACUUUUCUGCGCUUGUUUGGGCCCGAGUGUUCGGUUUAGUGUCGGUUCUUGUCGGUUUAGUGUCGGUUCUUGUCGGUUCUAGUCGGUCCAGUCAUGUCCGUCACCGUGAAGGCUUACCUGCUGGGGAAGGAAGAGCAGGUGAGGGAAAUCCGCAGGUUCGCGGUGGAUCAGGACGCGGCCAGCAGCUUCGAGUACCUGCGAGGCAGAACCCGGGGAGUGUUCACCCACCUGGAGAACUCCAACUUCAACCUGUACUACAGAGAUGACGACGGAGACCUGGUGGCGUUUUCCUCUGAUGACGAGUUGGUGAUGGGACUGGGAUGCAUGAAGGACAACGCCUUCCGGCUGUACGUCCGAGAGAAGAAGGAGCACCGCCGGGACUUCCCCCUCCACGCUCUGCCCCCGUUCAUGUUUGGCCCCCCCGGCCCCGGGGCCCCCCACGCCCCGCCCCCUCACCUGGGCCCUCACCCGGGCCCUCACCUGGGCCCGCCCCCGGCCGUGCACCCCAGCGUCACCUGUGACGGGUGCGAGGGCCCGGUGGUGGGAACGCGCUUCAAGUGCUCGGUGUGUCCGGACUACGACCUGUGCUCCGCCUGCCAGGCUCGGGGGACCCACACUGAGCAUGCUCUGUUCCCCAUCUGGCACCCGCUGCAGUGGUUUCCUCGGGGGAAGUGGAUGAAGAGGAUGAGACACUGCAUGUGGAACCAGAACCAGAGCCAGGACCAGGGCCGGGACCAGAACCAGGACCAGAACCCGGACCAGAACCAGGACCAGGCCGGAGCCUCCACAGGUGCCGGCAGCGCCCCCUCUGGUCAGUCCCCUCCCUCCUCAGAGGCCGACCCCCACCUGGUGGAGUCCCUGGCGGCCAUGUUGUCCAUGGGUUUCAGCGACGAAGGCGGCUGGCUGACCCGCCUCCUGCAGGCCAAGAACCACGACAUCGGCGCCGCCCUCGACGCUAUCCAGUACGCCAAGCAGCCCCGCCCCCAGAAAUGAUGUCAUCACUGUACGCCAAGCAGCCCCGCCCCCAGAAAUGAUGUCAUCACUGUACGCCAAGCUGCCCCGCCCCCAGAAAGAUGUCAUCCUUAUACACGUUUAUGUUUCACGUAUGUUUCCUGUACUAUGACAUCGUAACCUGCUUCCUUGUUAAUCAACAAUCUCUUUAAUGAUCAAUAAAAAAAACAAGUGAAUCUG